AUGGGGUUCGGCAAGCACUCCAGCGCUUCCCUGUCUCUCAAGACGGGGAACAAGCAAAAGCGCCAAGACAUGUUCAUCGAGCAAAAGAAGAAGAGAUCCAAAGAGCGCCGAGACGACCGCAUGCGGAGGCGGAGAGAGGAGAAGCAGGAUCCGGAACUCCGACGCGAGAGGCUGGAGAACAACAAGCCACUCACCAUAGAUAAGAAGCGAGUGUGGGACGACGUCGACGACGAUAGCCUAGGCGUGCAGGUCAACGUAGAGCAGCUCCGCCGGAAACGGCUCGCGGCCGAGAUCGAGGCCCUCGACGCGGAGAUGCGCGACGACGGCAAGGACGGUGAAGAGGCGAGCGAGGACGGCGGCGAAGAGGAAGGCUACGACAGCAUGCUCGAGGACGACAGCGACGAGGAGCAAGAGAGGCGGAAAGCGAUAGAGAAGAAGCGGAAACGAGACAGCAGCGUCGCGCCGUCCGUCACCCCGUCCACGACCAGCACAGCCAUCGACCUCGCGCCCACCUCCCUCGUCACCAAGUUCCCCACCCUCUUCACUGACGACCCGCCCCUCGUCCCCAAGACCCUCGUGACCACGGGCCUGCGCUGCACCCUCCACAAGGAAGCCGAGCUCCUCUGCACCCUCUUCCCCAACAGCCUCUACGUGCCCCGCUCCUCCCAUCGCUACGGCCACAAGUACUCCCUCCGCGACAUUGCCAAGUUCGCCGCCAACCGCGAGUACACCUCGGUCGUCCUCCUCCACGAGGACCAAAAGGUCCCCUCGGGCCUCUCCAUCGUCCACCUCCCCGCCGGCCCCACCCUCACCUUUAGCAUCACCCCGGGCUCCUGGAUGCCCGGCAAGAAGCUCCCCGGCCACGGCAACCCCACCGAGCACUGGCCCGAGCUCCUCCUCAACGGCUUCUCCACCCCCUCGCGCGACUUCAUCUUUAUCCGCCGCCACCGCUACGUCUUCAAGGAGUCGAACCGCACCGUGGCCGACGAGGACGGCAAGCCCAUGGCUGGCGUCGAGAAUAUCCGCGUGGGCUUGCAGGAACUCGGUCCCCGUUUCGCCAUGAAGCUCAGGAGGGUCGACAAGGGUGUUGGGUGGGCUGGGAGCGAAGGCGAAGACGCCGUGCAAUGGGCGUGGAAGGCCGGGAUGGAGAAGGACAGGAAACGUUUCAACUUGUAG